UACCAAUUGAUCUGCCAUAGUCCCAAACAAGUCCUCUCUCUCUCUCUCUCUCUCUCAAACACUUCAAAUAUCUUACUUCCCUCACAAAUAGAAUCGAUCAUCUGCAGGAGAGUAAUUAGCAGAUAAUAUACAGGAAGAUCGAGAGAUAUUGAAGCUAGGUGGUAGUGGUGCAUCUAUCCAUGAGCAUAUGAAAUAAUAUUGCAGGUCUGGCCGGGUUAAGGAGCAUAACAAUUAGAGUGAGUAGAGGGUUCAAGAAUAAGAGAAAGAAAAGCAGAAAGAAAGUGAAGGUUAUACAAGAGAGAUUGAUGGAGUUCUGGCACAAGAUGAUCUUCCCUGUCCGCCGUGCUUGGCUCGCUGUCUCUACUCGUGUUAAGGCUCGCAAAAAUGGUGCUGGGUUGUUGAAGCUUCACGACGAUGUGCAAACUUGUGGCUAUCAAGAUGUGCAAGUGAUGUGGCAGAUGUUGAGCAGAGAGGCUGAGAUGAUAAAUCACCACCAUGCAAAACGUAAACAGCGACAGUUUUGGAGAGUGUUUAACAGCCAUAGUAAAGCCUCCUCCUUCUCUGCAAGUCGGGCAUGAAUAUGAUGAGCUUCAUCGUCGAAAGCCAGUUAGAGAGACUAUAAAUUAUAAGAAUAAUAAUGCUUUAAGCUGCUGGCCGAAUUGGCAUCAUAGUUUUACAGUCGAAUUGCCAAGAUUGCAACAACGGCAUGUAUAUAACUGUUGGAAGGUGUCAAAAACAGUGCAAGAUGAAGUGUAGAGUAUGUGCCUAGGUUUUACCUGACAUGGUCAUUUGUAAAUAUAAUAAUAGUUCGCUAAAACCAGAAAACACAGCAGAGUUCGACAGAGGCCUUCAUCGCAGAGAGCUCAUUUUUCAUGUUUAUUGUACUUGUUCUACGAGCAUGCAAUAUAAGUCCAUGGCUCUAAA